AUGAUCGAUUCAGUGCCGCUAAGUGGAGGUCCGCCGGAGUUUUUGCUAAUGCCUAAGGUUCCCGAAGAGUUCAGCCUUGGUCUCAUAUCGGAAGACGGCGAUGAUAACGGCUACGAUGGCGACUCCGACGAGUUCGAUGAGGACUCUGACGACGCCUGCUCGUUGGUGGGCCCCGUCAACGGCAUUUACCCUCACUACUACUACUACACGUCGCAGCCCGACCACCCGAUCAGCCGCCACGGCAACCCCAGCAUGCUGCUGCUAGAGUCCCAAGACCCCGUGUUCACGCUGCCGCUAUCGUUCGACCCGCUGGUGACGUCGUAA